CUGGACCAUGAAGUCUCAGCGUGUGCUCACAGCCUCUCACACAGGAGUGGGCUGUGACUCACAGGCAUGUCAUGAGAAUGAGGCCUGGCACCAGUCGCCAGGCCCCAGAGCAGGGGUUGCCUCCCCUCACCCCGGUCCAGGAUGCCCAGUCCCCAUGACACCUCCCACUUCCCACUGUGGCCUGGGUGGGCUCAGGGGCUGCCCUUGACCUGGCCUAGAGCCCUCCCCCAGCUGGUGGUGGAGCUGGCACUCUCUGGGAGGGAGGGGGCUGGGAGGGAAUGAGUGGGAAUGGCAAGAGGCCAGGGUUUGGUGGGAUCAGGUUGAGGCAGGUUUGGUUUCCUUAAAAUGCCAAGUUGGGGGCCAGUGGGGCCCACAUAUAAAUCCUCACCCUGGGAGCCUGGCUGCCUUGCUCUCCUUCCUGGGUCUGUCUCUGCCACCUGGUCUGCCACAGAUCCAUGAUGUGCAGUUCCCUGGAGCAGGCGCUGGCUGUGCUGGUCACUACCUUCCACAAGUACUCCUGCCAAGAGGGCGACAAGUUCAAGCUGAGUAAGGGGGAAAUGAAGGAACUUCUGCACAAGGAGCUGCCCAGCUUUGUGGGGGAGAAAGUGGAUGAGGAGGGGCUGAAGAAGCUGAUGGGCAACCUGGAUGAGAACAGUGACCAGCAGGUGGACUUCCAGGAGUAUGCUGUUUUCCUGGCGCUCAUCACUGUCAUGUGCAAUGACUUCUUCCAGGGCUGCCCAAACCGACCCUGAAGCAGAACUCUUGACUCCCUGCCAUGGAUCUCUUGGGCCCAGGACUCUCAAUGCCUUUGAGUUUUGUAUUCAAUAAACUUUUUUUGUCUGUUGAUAAUA